AACACAAUACUAGUUUAUGCUAUGUCAAACAGCUCUAAGCUAAAAGGAAAAAAUGAAGAGGCAAACCAGUUUUCCUCUUCACUUCAUAAUCUUCUACUUCUUCUUCUUGUUGAAACUUCUAGUAUUGCCUCAGUAUUGUGCUUCAUCUCAAGUUAGAAGGCUACUUCUUAGCCAUGAAGCAGAGCACUAUGCUGUGAUAUUUGAUGCGGGUAGCACAGGCAGUAGAGUCCAUGUCUUUCGCUUUGACCAUAACUUGGAUCUACUUGACAUUGAAUACUUCCUCGCGAUAAAACCAAGUCUAAGUUCAUAUGCAGAUGAUCCAAAUGCUGCAGCACUUUCUUUAAAGCCUCUUUUGGACAAAGCUGAAGGUGUUAUUCCUAAAUAUUUGCAGCCUGAAACACCCCUUAAACUUGGAGCAACUGCUGGUUUGAGGUUAUUAAAAGGAGAUGCUGCUGCAAAAAUAUUACAAGCGGUGAGGGAUUUAUUCAAGAAUGAAACUAGUCUUAAUUACAAGGCAGAAUGGGUUUCAGUUCUUGAUGGUACUCAAGAAGGUUCUUAUUUUUGGGUUGCCUUAAAUUACUUAUUAGGAAAUUUGGGUAAAAAGUAUGAAAGAACAAUAGCUACAAUUGAUCUAGGAGGUGGAUCAGUGCAAAUGACAUAUGCCAUCUCAAAAGAAAGGGCUUCAAAGGCUCCCAAAGUAGCAAAUGAAGAGCCUUAUGUUCUAAAUAAAUCUCUUUUGGGGGCUAAUUAUCACCUCUAUGUUCACAGCUAUUUGAACUAUGGUCAAUUAGCAGCUAGAACAGAGAUUUUGAAAGUUUCUGGAAAUUCAUCAAGUAGUCCAUGCAUUUUGGGAGGUUAUAAUGGUUACUACACAUACAAUGGGGUGGCAUACAAAGCAUCAUCACCACGAAAUGGUUCAAGCUUGAAGAAAUGUAGGACAUUAGCUAAAAAGGCACUAAAGAUUAAGGCACCCUGCAACCACAACAAGUGUACUUUUGGUGGGGUUUGGAAUGGUGGAGGUGGAGAUGGAUACAAGAAUCUCUAUGCUUCUUCUUUCUUCUAUGAUUAUGCAGCUAUGGUUGGCAUAAUUGACCCCAAAAAGCCCUCUGGAAGAGCUAAGCCAAUACAAUACCUAAAUGCAGCAAAGCUUGCUUGCAAGACCUCAGUGAAUAACAUAAAAUCAGUAUUUCCUAACAUUCAUGAGAAAGAUAUGCCAUAUAUUUGCCUGGACUUGGUAUAUGAGUACACUUUGCUAGUUAAUGGAUUUGGCCUGCAUCCCAAACAAGAGAUCACAGUGGUGCAUGAUGUUAAAUACAGGAAUUACAUUGUUGGAGCAGCUUGGCCACUGGGUUGUGCCAUUGAUGUUGUUUCGUCCUCUUCCUCCUCCUGAUCAUUGAACAUUAUAUUUUCAUCUUUGAUCAAUUUUAUCAAUAUCUAGCGUUAUAAU